AUGGGAAAGGGAAAGUCGGCCGUCGAGACAGCUGGCAACCUUCAGAAGCCCGUUUCUCAGGGACUGGACCUGGUUAGUAGGACGCAGAAACCCAGCUCAGAGGAGCAAAGUUCGACCACUGACUCGACGAUCCAGAUGAGUCAAAGUGACAAGCAGCCCCAGGAAGAGGCCGAAGGACAAGCAAAGGAUCUCGAGAAGGACACCGGAAAGGAGGAAGAGGCCCCCAUCUCUAUGGAAGACAAGACAGAAGAGGCGCAAGAGAAGGGCCAGGACUUCAAAGACCAGGGCGAGGACAAGCUCCAGGAGGAAGUCCCCAAGCCCAUGGACGAGGAAGCGCCCAAAGAGGGCGAGACCACCGGUGAUGUGCUAGAGAAGCCCGACGAAGCUGCGGAGGGUGCGAAGGAGGGCGAGAAGCCUCUCGAAGAGCAACAAGACCUCACACAAGAAGAGAAGGACAAGCUGGAAGAAGAAAAGAAGAUUGACUUCUCGGAGCUCAAGGGAUGCAAGGUCAACAAGGCCGGCAACCUCGUCAACAAGGACGGCGACAUCAUCGGACGCUUGAUUGAGGGUGACGCCAAGAAGCUCAUCGGCAAGAGAGCAGACGAGGAGGGAAGAAUCUGGGACGACUCCGGAAAUGUCAUUGGCAAGGCCGAGCCUCUCUCCCACUCGGAGCGUGGCGACGAAAAGGACUUUGCUCCCUUCGAGAACUUCCCCGAUGCUACUGUCGAGGCAGACGGUCGUGUCAUGGACAACGGACGGCAGGUCGGCGUCGUCGUCGAGGGCGAUCCCAAGCGUCUCAAGGGCAGCCGCGUCGACGAAGAUGGCGACAUCUUGGACCGACGCGGAAACGUCGUUGGCAAGGCUGAGGCCUGGGACGAGCCCGAGCCUGAGCCUGAAGCUGCUGUCGACAAGUCUUCGCUGGCUGGAAAGAGAGUCAACAAGGCUGGCAACGUUGUCGACGGCUCAGGCGCCAUUUGGGGCAGAGUCGUUGAGGGUAACGUCAAAUCUCUCGUGGGACGUAUGUGCGACAAGAAUGGCAACGUUCUCAGUGAGUCCGGCGACAUCAUUGGCAAGGCUGAGCUUGUCAGCGAAGGCGAGCGAGAGGGCAUGAAAGAAGGCCCCUUUGCUGAGCUGUCUGGCUGCACCAUUGCCAAGGACGGCAAGGUCGUCACGCCUUCGGGCGAUGUUGUGGGGAGACUCGUCGAGGGUGACCCCAAGAAGCUGUUUGGCCGCUCCGUUGACGAGGACGGCGACGUUGUCGACAGCAAUGGAAACGUCCUCGGCAAGGCUGAGCGCUGGCAGGAGGAGGAAGUUGAGCGGAAGAAGGCUCCUUACGCGGGCCGCAAGGUGAACCGCGACGGCAACGUCGUCGACGAAGAGGGCAACAUCAUCGCCAAGCUCGUCAGCGGCGACAUCAGCGCUUGCUCUGGCAAGGAGGUUGACGAUGACGGUGAUGUGGUCAACUACAAGGGCCAAGCGGUCGGACAUGUUGCCCUCCUGGAGGAUAUCCCCAAGGAGACUGAAGAAGACAUGAAGAAGAAGGAAGCGGCCGAGAAAGACCGCGAGCUGGCCAAGAAGCUGGCUGUCUGUAUCGAGCAGUCUCUCGACAAGGUCCGGCCCAUCUGCAAGAUGAUCACGGACAAGAUCAACACUGCUGAGCGGACGCCCAAGGAGGAGCUCGAUGAGGAGCAGCUGGUGCGCGAGGUGAAGCCCCUUAUUGAGGAGGGAGGCAAGAUCUUGACUGAGACCAACGGCACCAUCCGCGGUCUUGAUCCCGACGGUCGUAUCCAGCGCAAUGCUAAGCACAAGGCGGGCACCAAGGAGGCGACGCCGGAGGAGUAUCAUCUCGCUGAUGUGCUCAAGGAGCUUACUGGCACCGUUACCCAGACUAUCGACAACGCAAAGAGCAAGAUUGAGGGCAUGCCGCACGCCAAGAAGGAGCUCAACCCUCUUUGGGGACUGUUGGCGGAGCCUCUGUUCCAAAUCAUUGCCGCCGUUGGACUGUUGUUGAACGGUGUUCUUGGUCUCGUCGGCAAGCUGUUGAGCGGCCUUGGCCUUGGUGGAUUAGUUGACAACCUCCUCGGAACGCUUGGGUUGAACAAGGUUCUCGACGGUCUUGGACUUGGCAGUGUGACUGGCGCUCUCACUGGCAAGAACCAGAAGAAGAAAUAA